CACGAGAGCUAUCCUGGUCAACUUCUAGGAGAGCGGUGGUGAAGUUUGGAGAGGAAAAAUAAAGACUUCGUGGACGGCUGAGAAUCUCACUACAGCUAAGCUGAGACAGGCCACAGCCCGGCAGCCACUAUGGACGACUUAGACGCGUUGCUGGCGGACCUCGAAUCUACUACGUCCCACAUCUCAAAACGGCCUGUGUUUCUGUCCGACGAGACCCCCUACUCCAUCCCCACCGGAGGACACUCCUUCCAGGAUGUGUCGGCCCCUCCUCCGGUCCCUCCUCCACCUUCAGCCGAGGCUCUGAACGGCUCCCUGAUAGAUCAGCCCGACUCCAUCCACUCCUCUCAGCAGUCUUUAGGUUCAGCCCAGAAGAGCUCAUGGUCGAGGGACAGCAGCAGCUCCCCGCUGUCUCACGUUGAAGAGGACCACGUCUACAGUUUUCCCAACAAACAGAAAUCAUCAGACUCGUCGACAGCAGCCAUGACCUCUGCUCUGGGUAGCAACCUGUCAGAGCUCGACAGGCUGCUGCUGGAGCUCAACGCAGUGCAGCAGAGCUCGCCGUCAUUCCCCACCACAGAGGAGGCAGCUCCACCCUUACCCUCCUGCAGCAUCACCCACUAUGAGAACGGAAGCGGCCCCGACAUCAUGGUGAGCCCCCCUUCUCAGGAGAAACUCAAAAGAAAUGGAACAAGGACUGAAGAGAGCCGACCUACCGUGGAGAGUCUGCUGGAUGAGCUGGAGGGCUCUGUGCCUUCACCCAGCCCCUCCUCUCGCCACAGCGAUUUGGACACGCCCUCUCAGCAGCAGGCCAGGAUGUCAGCUUCAUGUGCCACGAGAGAGCUGGAUGAGCUGAUGGCCUCUUUGUCAGACUUUAAGCCCGCCUCUCUGGGCUCUCUGCUGGACCCUGCAGGCGUGUCUUCCAGCCCUCCUCACCCUCCAGCUACUUCUCCUUCCCUUCCUCUGUCCCACCCAUCUGCCUGUGCCUCUCCUCUCUUCUCUCUGCCUGCUGGUCUAGAGCUGCACAUAGAUGAGGACGGAGGAGACGGUGGUGCGUCGAUGCCCCAUUUGAACCGUCCCCCUCCCCAUAGUCCUGUGUCCUCACUGUCUGCAGCCAGUGAGCCAGACCUGGACUCUGUUAUUGAUGUCUCUGCCGCCGUGCUGUCCUCUCAAACCAAGUCUCUGCUCAUACUCUCUCAGUCUGCUUUUUCUAACUCCAACACAAUGGCAAACAGCCCAAGUCCUUCCAACACCAACACCACCCCUUCACUGACAUCAGUUAACACCGUCUUGGACCACAAGUCUUCCAAGUCCCCAAGUCCAUCUGCUGAACGAGUCUCACCCUCCAAUGCUUUCAGUAAAUUGUCCUGUGCUCCUGAAACCAGGGGGUCUCCAUCCAUUCAAGACGUGGAUUUGACUUACAGCGUCCCAACUCCUGUGAAAAACCUAACCCCACCUCUCUCUGCUCCAAAGACUCCAUCACCACUCCCUGCUGCUGUCUCUCUGUCUCCUCCUUCUGCUUCCCCAAAAACCUCCUCACCGUCCUCAGUCUCUGCCGUAAUAGUCCCCUCUCCACUAGCCUCCACCAGCCCCAGCAGACAGCUGAUGGAAUUUGCACCCACAGACCCCCUGUUUGCACAGCAGACCCCCCCUGCAGCUGAGCCCUCCUUGGACGAGGCUCUGGACAAGCUCCUGGAAAUGAGUUUUGCACACAAUCACGUGGAGGUGCCGCAGCUAAAGAUGGAGGCUCCGUGUCUGGGCAGCACCAUGCGGGAGGUGCAGGAGGAGCUCAUCCUGCCUAUGGACAGAAACAGCGUGCAGCCCGACACCUUCACCAGCGCCACCGACACCAUAACAGACGGCUCUGUGGACGGAGGCACAGAUGGGAACGGAGACCUGGAUUGGGCAGAUGAAGAGCUGUCUAUGUCCUUCCAUGAUGGAUUUGAUGGCACCAUGACGCCUUACACAGAGAGGCCAUAUACAGAUGGCAGCAUGACCCCGCUGACAGAAGCCAGCUGGAUGGAUGAGUCCAUGACCCCAUCGUCAUGCCCCGGGACCCCUGAUGUGGCCCUGGACCUGCCCCUGAUGCAGACUCCCAAUAUAGACCGAAUGUCUGCAUCCGGACAUCUCAAAUCAGUGAUUAGACGCACUAAGGAGACCCCCAAUGUGCACCCCAUGUACCGAGACGGUCACCUUCGCAGGAAGAUGGGACCCAUCAUUGUAAACAAGAACAGCUCACAGGAUCGGCUCAUAGAGGAGCUUCAAGGAAAGUUUGGGAUCGGUCGCUCAGAGCGGCGGCGUAAACAGACUGAUGACUGGCUGACGGAGGGUGUUGUUGUCACGUCCAAACCUCAGCGUUUCCGUCCAGAGGGGGGCAGCAGUGAGGUGGAGAAGAUCAUAAUCCCUCCUGAGUCACCUGUCCCUGUGAGAAAGGUGAUCCCACCUACCUCUCCCCCUGCCCCCCGCCGCCCUCCUGUCAUGGAAGAACCAAAACGACCCAUCCCAGUACAACAUCACCCUAUCCCUACACCCCCACCUCUUCCUCCACCUCCCUCUGCCCCUCCACAACCUCAGCACAUCCAGGAACCAGUCCCUGUUGCACCGCGACAGAUUGUCAGAUCCUCACCUCAACCUGCCCCAGUUCAGGAACCUCCUGCCCCCAAACCAGAGCCCCCUCCUCCUGUUCUUAAAAUCCCAACCCAGCCUCCACCAGCAGAGGCACCAGUCCCACCCAAAGUGUUGGUGUCUGUAGGCUGCCAAACAGAGUAUGACCCAGUCUUCCCUCCAAUGCAGAUUAUGGCCCAAGGGAAGGGUGUUCCCGGUGGUCCUCCGACUCAGGUCAACAAGCUGGACAACAUGCUAGGUAGCCUACAGUCAGACCUCAACAAGCUGGGAGUGCAGACAGUAGCGAAAGGAGUGUGUGGUGCCUGCUGUAAGCCCAUCGUGGGACAGGUGGUGACAGCCAUGGGCCGCACAUGGCACCCUGAACACUUUGUGUGCACACACUGUCAGGAGGAGAUCGGCUCCAGAAACUUCUUCGAGCGUGAAGGUCAGCCAUACUGUGAGAAAGAUUACCACAACUUGUUCUCACCAAGGUGCUACUACUGCAACGGGCCCAUCUUGGAUAAAGUUGUGACGGCGCUGGAUAGGACCUGGCAUCCUGAGCACUUCUUCUGUGCUCAGUGUGGAUCCUUCUUUGGCCCAGAAGGUUUUCAUGAAAAGGAUGGGAAGGCUUACUGUAGGAAGGAUUACUUUGACAUGUUUGCACCCAAAUGUGGCGGCUGUGCCAGAGCCAUCUUGGAGAACUACAUCUCAGCGCUGAGCAGCCUCUGGCAUCCAGAGUGUUUUGUUUGCAGGGAGUGCUUCACCCCGUUUGUGAAUGGAAGUUUCUUUGAGCAUGACGGGCAGCCUUACUGUGAAGUGCACUACCACGAGCGCCGAGGCUCGCUCUGCUCCGGCUGUCAGAAACCCAUCACUGGACGCUGCAUCACCGCCAUGGCCAAGAAGUUCCACCCGGAGCACUUUGUGUGCGCCUUCUGCCUGAAACAGCUCAACAAAGGCACCUUCAAAGAACAAAACGACAAACCAUACUGCCACGGCUGCUUCAUCAAACUGUUCAGUUAGAGAGUUAGAACAGCCACACACAACGUUUGGGUCAGUGUCCUCAACAUUUUAGCACAGGUAGGGCAGGGAUAGGAAAGAGUGUUUGAAUCUCAAAUGGUUGCCUGUACUGUGAUGAUGAUGGUGGAAGUGAGUAUGGAUCAGGUAUGUGAAUGGUUGACAAAGCAAACGCUCUCAGUCAAGCUGAAUUAUUUUAAACUCCAGAAAUGUGUAAAAUUGUCCCUGCUCUCAGACUGGCAGGUAUGCAUUAUUGCAGCUCUUGUAGGUUUUGAUUGGGUGAAGUUUGACACAGAUGUACUCAGUUUAAAGGACAAUUAAGAUUCUGAAAAAUGAUCAAAUGCAUACAUUUCAGUGGUUUCUAAUGGAAGCAUUUUUAAUCAUUUUUAAUGUGUUGAAUAUUUUCAACAAGCAAACAGCUGUUUGAUUAUAUGUAACAACCAUAGUAUUGUAUUUUCAAACAUUUAAAGUUUUUAUCUCGUAAGAUGGUGAUGAUAUCUUACUGAACACUGUAGAUCUCCUGGAAAUACUGUUUUUGCUCACUGGCUGAGCGUCUCCUUUGAAUGCAUAAAAGGUGUGAAAUACAGGAAACCUCAGCAUGGAGCAGGUAACCUGAUGUGUUUUUUUUUAACAAUGCCAUAUAAACUGUUCAGCAACAGAUCAAAGUAAAAGGCUGAAAUGAAGCUGAAAAUCAAAAAGACAUGCACAUCACUUUGUGGGUGCUGGAUCCAAAACAACCAAGCAUAAAGAAUCAUGAGGAUCCGCACAACAAGAGGCACGUUUAGAGCCAGCACUCUUCGUCUGAGGUUUGCGGUUCCUCAUAUUUCUUUAUAGCAUGAAGUUGAACAUUAUGUCACUUUAGCAUCGACUAGAAAUGGGUGUCCACUAUUGUUUUAUCUGUGUGAACACGAUUGUCUUGUUUGUGAACAUUUAAAGAAGCAAUCUGAGAAAACACUUAUUUUUAAUGAUUUUAAAGUGUUGAAAGAAAGAUUGUUUUAAAGCUGAGUUUCUUCUAUCAAAUAAUUUUAGCAAAGUUUUCAGAAUCAGAAUGCCAUGCAUGCCUGUUUUUAGCCAAAGUUGAACCAUGCAUGGGAAAACUAGCCAUCAGCUGCAGCAUUUGAUAACACAUCUUCAAACAAAUGUUGGGUUUGUGCUGCCAAAUCAUUCCUCUUCUUUCCAGAGAAGAAAACAAUUGGACAUUUUUCUUUCAUACAGUGAAGUGAAACGAUAUCAGGAGAUUGUUGUGUAUCUCUUGCACUAAAAGUCACUGUUUCUGAGACGUGUAUUGUAAAUAUUAAUGCAGCUACGUGUGUUAAAUAACCACUCACAGAAGGAGACAGCAGACAGUGAGGCAAAGACACUUUUUGUGUCAUUACUGUAUGAGAAACUGUUGAAUGUUUGCUACUUUGAAAGAAGGACAUAAUGCAAGAAAAAAAAAAACAUAAAAUUUGCUGUGAUAUUACAAAAACUGUAAUGUUCCUGUAACUGUGGAUUAACAUCUUCGUAUUUCUGCAUCAGCAGGCUGCCCUCGCUCUUUAUCAGCUCCAUGUCUAGUAACACUGGCAAAUUCAGUUAAAUACUUCGUAGUCCACAGUAAUGUUUCUGUUUUUAUCCUGUGAGUCCACUGAAAAAUAAAAGCCUGGAGGCCUGUUAAAGAAAGGGUAGGACUCAGGCGAGUGUCUGAGUAGCGUCUACUGUAUAAUCAGCAUGUGGGCUCUGUAUACAGUUAAUGCAGCAGGUUUAUAUCAGGCCUUUUGUCUUUUUCAGGGAAAUGUAGAGCCUUAAAUCUCUCCUCUCUAUUUAAGAAAUCAAGUAACAGUUUAUUCAGAUCAAUCAGUAGCGUGUUAUUUAACCAAAGCCAUACCUUCUUUGAAUUGAUUUUGUUUCUGUUCAGUUAUUUUUUCUUUCUUUUCACUUUGAAUGUCAAUAGUUAUGAAGAGUGAGAUUCCUCACCUCUAGUCUGAUUAUGCCAAUAAAUUCUGUUUUGGUA